GUGUCCGCAGACCCGGCCGGCCCAGGCCUGCGCCCGCCGCGGCCCCGAAGGCCCCGAGAAGCCCCGGCCCGGCGGCGGCGGCGGCAUGGCCGGGGGGCCGGGCUCGGGGGAGCCCGCGGCGCCGGGCGCCCAGCACUUCUUGUACGAGGUGCCGCCCUGGGUCAUGUGCCACUUCUACAAAGUGAUGGACGCCCUGGAGCCCGCCGACUGGCGCCAGUUCGGUGGGUGGUCUCCGCCUGCCUCUCACUGGCGUCUUUAUGAAACUUUUCCAGGCUCCCAGACCCAUUCGGGGCCUCCGCGGGGCCUGGCCCGGAGCCCUGCUUCCCUCCAGCCCCCGCUGCCAUCUCCAGCCCCUUCCUCCACCGAGCCAGGCCCAGAGAGCCCGGUGUCCCUCCUGCAGGGAAGCCACCCCUCUCCAUUCUGCUGGCCCCUCUGUGAGAUCUCUCAGGGCACCCACAACUUCUCAGAGGAGCUCAAGAUCGGGGAGGGCGGCUUUGGGUGCGUGUACCGCGCAGUGCUGCGGAACACCGUGUACGCCGUGAAGAGGCUGAAGGAGGAGGCCGACCUGGAGUGGACCGCGGUGAAGCAGAGCUUCCUGACUGAGGUGGAGCAGCUGUCCAGGUUUCGUCACCCAAACAUCGUGGACUUUGCUGGCUACUGUGCUCAGAGUGGCUUCUACUGCCUCGUGUAUGGCUUCUUGCCCAACGGCUCCCUGGAAGACCCGCUCCACUUUCAGGAGACCCAGGCCUGUCCCCCUCUCUCCUGGCCUCAGCGAGUGGACAUCCUUCUGGGCACAGCUCGGGCAAUUCAGUUUUUACAUCAGGACAGCCCUAGCCUCAUCCACGGAGACAUCAAGAGCUCCAACAUCCUUCUGGAUGAGAGACUCACGCCCAAGCUGGGGGACUUUGGCCUGGCCCGGUUCAGCCGCUUCGCAGGGGCCAACCCCAGCCAGAGCAGCACCGUGGCCCGGACACGGACCGUGCGCGGCACCCUGGCCUACCUGCCUGAGGAGUACAUCAAGACGGGGAGACUGGCCGUGGACACUGACACCUUCAGCUUCGGCGUGGUGGUCCUGGAGACCCUGGCUGGCCAGAGGGCCGUGGAGAUGCGUGGCGCCAGGACCAAGUAUCUGAAAGACUUGGUUGAAGAGGAGGCCGAGGAGGCUGGGGUGGCCCUGAAAAGCACCCAGACCACACUCCCAGCAGGUCUGGCCAUGGAUGUGUGGGCCGCUCCCGUCGCCACCCAGAUCUACAAUAAGCACUUGGACCCCAGGCCUGGGCCGUGCCCACCCGAACUGGGCCUGGGCCUGGGCCGGCUGGCCUGCUGCUGCCUGCACCGCCGGGCCAAGAGGAGGCCCCCCAUGACCCAGGUGUACAAGCGGCUGGAGACGCUGCAGGCAGCGGUGGCGGGGCUGCCCGGGCAGCCAGGGGCCGCCAGCUGCAUUUCCCCUUCCCCACAGGAGAACUCCUACGUGUCCACCACCGGCAGCGCCCAGAGCGGGGGUGCCCUGUGGCAGCCCCUGGCAGCUUCAUCAGGAGCCCUGGCCCCGGCUGCAGAGCGGCUCCAGGAAGGCCCCAACCAGCCCGUGGAGAGCGACGAGAGUGUAUUCGGCCUCUCUGCGGCCCUGCACUCCUGGCACCUGGCCCCGAGCCGCCCGGCAAGCCCGGCAGCUCCGGGGAAGGCCGGCUCUACUCAGGGCGACGCCACUGGAGAGUCCAGCUGGGGGAGUGACCCGGAGCUGCGGCCUACAGCCACGGAAGGGUCGUCCCUGGGCAGCUCCGUGUCGUCCUCGGAGCCGCCACAGAUCAUCAUCAACCCAGCCCGCCAGAAGAUGGUACAGAAGCUGGCCCUGUACGCGGACGGGGUCUUGGACAGCCUGCAGCUGCUAGCGUCCGGCUCCCUCCCAGACUUGGGCCUGGAGCGGGGAAGCAGGCCGGGGCCCGAGGAGAGUGACGAGUUCCAGAGCUGA